AAACAAAAAAACAAAAACGAAAAAGAAAAAAAAAUAAUGAUAGGUAGCAUUUAUUGAACACUUAGGAGACUAUUUCAGUUUUCUGCCAUACCCCUAGGCGUGAGUGCCAGCUCUCCUAGGGUUUGUGGCAUGUAGGUGGAAAAGUCUGAGAAGUGUUAUUUACCUCAGUUCUGUAUAUCUGGUGUCUAGUGAUCUGCCUGAUGCAGAGUUGAACCUCAGUAAAGGCUUGUGGAAAAUCGCUCCUGCUCUCUGUGCUGGAACAUCCUUUCUUCCCUCCCUGCCUGGUGAACUCUUAUUGGUCCCUCAAUACCCAGGCUAAAUGUCACCUCCACUGUGAAAUAUGACUGUCUUCUCUGGCUCCCACAGUCCCUGGACUUCUUCAGACCUAGCACUAAGCCCCUUGAUUUGGGGCUUCUGGCCUCUAGAGCUGUGAAAGAACAACUUUCAGUUGUUUUAAGCUAGCCAGUUUGUAGUAAUCUGAUACAGCAGCCUCAGGAAACUAAUACAGCUUGGAAACAGACAAAUGUUUUCUGUGAAAUUCCACCAGAUCUUGGAACCAGGUAUUUGGGAUUUCUCAAUUACUCCCUUCUCAGCAAACACCUGACUGCAUACCCUAGGCUCUAGCCAUGAGGAACUACUCAACGUUUCAGAAUAGGAGACGGUGUGACAUACAUCUUAGCCAGCUCUGGGAUCAGAUCCAAAGUGUCUUCAGGCUUCUGAAUACCCUAGAAAGAUAGUAUGCUUACCUUUUAUUAAAAUAUUUUUAGUGCAAUUAUUAUAUACCAGGUCCUGCACUGGGCACUAUACUUAACAUUAAUUUACUUAAUCCCCACAGCAACCUUGUUACUAUUUUACAGAUGGGAAAACUAAAGCUGAGAGAGGGAAACUGGCUUGCCUAGGAACAUAUAACUAGAAGGUGGCAGAGCCAAGAUUCCAAAAGUUCCUGAUUCCUGUUGUGUCUGACUCUGAAACACUGUGCUCUUUCUGCUAGGUCAGUCCAGGUGGUGGAGAAAUCCAGUCUAAGGGGGAAAAAGGCAGAUCAUUAUUCUUCAGAAUGACUCAAUGAUAUUUAUUACAGAAGCAAUUGCUAUAAAUGCUAUCAUUAUGAUCAAGGAGGUGUUCAUGGAAGAAGUGGCAUUGGAACUGUGCCUUCACUUCAAAAACACAUGUCCUGAUUCUCUGCGAGGCACCGGGAAUCCAGAGAUGAAUCAGACAAGGUUCUUUUGCUUGAGAAAUUCAGUGUGUAAGUUUGUGUGUUUGCAGGAGGGGUAUGUGUGGCUGCACAUGUGUGUUACAAACUUAUUAAAAGACAGUAGAAUGCAAUAGAAUAAUCAGGAAUGUAGUAGAGGCAAGUUUCCUAACUCAGGGUCCCAGAGUGUAUCUGAGAAGCCUUUUGGGAUCCCAACCCCAGAUGAGAUUUGAUGGGUAAGUAAACAUUAGUCAGGAGGAGAAAAGUAGCAAAGGCUUUUCAAGAACAGCAUAAACACCCCACUCACAGAAGUGAAACAGUGUCCCGAGGUGCCUGGCUCAGCCUACCAGUUAGUGGAGUGUGAGGAGGGGCGGGGACUUGUGGGUUGGAACUGGUCGUGGGUGGAGCUGGCAGGACUGCCCGACAAGUUUCUGGUCUUGGUGCAUCCUGCGUAGUGGUUUUCUGUCUAACCAUAAAGUAUUCCUUUUCAAUCCUCACACGUUGACAAGAGUCCCUCAGGAAAAGACAACUACAGACCGGCCACCACGACCCAGCUGGCGCCAAAUACAUCCCCGCCCUCCUAGGGAGGCCGGUUACCAUGGCAACUAGGUCAGGGCGGAAGUGGCUCCCAAAACUGACUCUCACUAAUCAGGUGACUCUCCUGCCUUCUGCACGUGACACCACAGCCCAGGCGCAAGGUCUACCUAAUCAGACUCCGCCCCUCUUUUCCUUUACUGACAACUGACAGCGACCUCGAGCAAUGGUCCUUGCGGCUCCCCCAGGAGACCCCGCCCCGUGGUAGUGGAAGAACCAAUUAGACUGGGAAAAAAUGAAGCAACGCCCCAGGUUUUACCUCCCCUUGACAGACGCAAUUUAGGCCAUCCCUGGGUUCCUCCGCCCCCAGCCUGUUCCUGCCGGCGAUAGACAGACCUUCUGCCCAAUAGCGCGUCCCUUUUCUGUGAUUGGGUCCCGCCCCCGUGGGAGCUGAACCAAUGGGCAAGCCAGGUCUCAGCGAGUGGUGGGGGUUGCACUGCGGUAAUAUGGCUCUUCCUUAGCCAGCGGCGGUGGCCGGCGGUGGGGUAGAGCGGUUCUGCCUCCCGGGUGGCUGGUUUCUGGGCUUCAGAGGCUCAGCGGGUCGUGACUAGGCUGUGGUGGCGGAUGCCGGAGGAGCGCCGGCCCCGCCGCUUGGCGGCUCCCGGGUCAAGAUGAGCGCUUCAGCGUCGGUCGGGGGACCGGUCCCCCCGCCGCCCCCGGGCCCGGCCGCCGCGCUGCCUCCCGGUUCUGCCGCGCGGGCCCUGCAUGUGGAGCUGCCGUCUCAGCAGCGACGUCUUAGACAUCUUCGGAACAUCGCUGCCCGGAACAUUGUUAAUAGGAAUGGCCAUCAACUCCUAGAUACCUACUUCACACUUCACUUGUGUAACACUGAAAAGGUAUAUAAAGAAUUUUAUAGGAGUGAAGUGAUUAAGAAUUCCUUGAAUCCAACAUGGCGGAGUCUUGAUUUUGGAAUAAUGCCGGACCGUCUCGAUACAUCUGUGUCUUGUUUCGUGGUGAAGAUUUGGGGUGGAAAGGAGGACAUCUACCAGCUGUUGAUUGAAUGGAAAGUCUGUUUGGAUGGGCUGAAAUAUUUGGGUCAGCAGAUUCAUGCCCGCAACCAAAAUGAAAUAAUUUUUGGGCUGAAUGAUGGCUAUUAUGGUGCUCCAUUUGAACAUAAGGGUUAUUCAGAUGCUCAGAAGAGUAUUCUUCUUCAGGUGGAUCAGAACUGUGUUCGCAAUUCUUAUGAUGUCUUCUCUUUGCUGCGGCUUCAUAGAGCCCAGUGUGCAAUUAAACAGACUCAGGUAACUGUUCAGAAAAUUGGAAAGGAAAUUGAAGAAAAACUAAGACUCACAUCUACAAGCAAUGAGCUGAAAAAAGAAAGUGAGUGCCUGCAAUUAAAAAUUUUGGUGCUUCGAAAUGAACUGGAAAGACAGAAGAAAGCUUUGGGACGGGAGGUGGCAUUACUGCAUAAGGAACAAAUUGCGUUACAGGACAAAGGAAGUGCAUUUUCGGCUGAGCACCUCAAGCUUCAACUCCAGAAGGAAUCCCUAAAUGAGUUGAGGAAGGAGUGUACUGCGAAAAGAGAACUCUUUCUGAAGACUAAUGCCCAGUUGACAAUUCGUUGCAGGCAAUUACUAUCUGAGCUUUCCUACAUUUACCCUAUUGAUUUGAAUGAGCAUAAGGAUUACUUUGUAUGUGGUGUCAAGUUGCCUAAUUCUGAGGACUUCCAAGCAAAAGAUGAUGGAAGCAUUGCUGUUGCCCUUGGUUACACUGCACAUUUAGUAUCAAUGAUUUCCUUUUUCCUACAAGUGCCCCUCAGAUAUCCUAUAAUUCAUAAGGGAUCGAGAUCAACAAUCAAAGAUAAUAUUAAUGACAAGUUGACUGAAAAGGAGAGAGAGUUUCCAUUAUACCCAAAAGGAGGGGAGAAGUUGCAGUUUGAUUACGGUGUCUAUCUUCUGAACAAAAACAUAGCACAGCUAAGAUAUCAACAUGGACUAGGGACUCCAGACUUGAGGCAAACCCUCCCUAACCUGAAAAACUUCAUGGAGCACGGACUAAUGGUCAGGUGCGACAGACAUCACACCUCCAGUGCAAUCCCUGUUCCAAAGAGACAAAGCUCCGUAUUUGGGGGUGUAGAUGUAGGCUUCUCUGGGGGGAUGCCUUCACCAGACAAAGGACACCGGAAACGGGCCAGCUCAGAGAAUGAGAGACUCCAGUACAAAACCCCUCCCCCCAGUUACAGCUCAGCAUUAGCCCAGCCUGUGACCACUGUCCCCUCCACGGGAGAAUCUGAGAGAAAGACAACAUCUCUGUCUUCCUCCUUGGACACCUCCUUGGACUUCUCCAAAGAAAACAAGAAAAAAGGGGUAGAUCUGAGUGACAGCUUCAAUGGAGGCCAUGGGAGUGUGAACACUAGCCAGGAACAGGGACAAGCCCUCCCGGGGCCUCCAGCCACAGUCAACGGCACCCUCCUGCCCAGCGAGCAGGCCGGCUCCUCCAGCGCCCAGCUUCCAGGGGGGUUCCACCCGGUCUCCGAAGCCGAGCUCUGCUGUACCGUGGAGCAAGCAGAAGAGAUCAUCGGCAUGGAAGCCACAGGCUUCACCUCAGGCGAUCAGCUGGAAGCAUUUAACUGCAUCCCCGUGGACAGUGCCGUGGCAGUGGAAUGUGACGAACAAGUUCUGGGAGAAUUUGAAGAGUUCUCCCGAAGGAUCUAUGCACUGAACGAAAAUGUAUCCAGCUUCCGCCGGCCACGCAGGAGUUCUGAUAAGUGAAGCGAGCGGACAGACGGUAGGACCAGGAUAGAGUCACUGCUUGAAAUGAGGAUAAAGCUGCACUGGUUACCCUUUGUAAUAAUUAUGACACAAAAUGAAUAUUAAUGGAGGAUAUUCCUCAGAAAAAUAGACUUUGUGAAUCAAGGAGGGACUCAGGAUCAUUGUGUAUCAGUGGGCCAAAGUUAGACUUUGCUUGCAAGAUUUGCUUUUCAGGCCUGACAGUUAUUUUAAGGCAGAAGUCUAGCUCUAGUCACCUUAUAGGCAUUUGACUGCUUUUUUAUUUACACUUCUGUGUUAUCCUCAGAGGGAAGAUGAUAAUAUAUAAAUAAUAUAAUGAAUUUAUCUUUAGUUUCUUAUAAGCAUUUGCCCUCACCAUAGUUUAUGAAACUUUGGGAAAAUUGAAUAUUCAGUAAAAGGUCUCCAACAUCCACUGAAGGAUCUUUGGCCGUCCAUUAAGUUGAUGAGUUAGAAGCACAAUGGCCUCCUUAUACCCAGGCCCACCUGCCCCUGCCCCUGCCCCUGCUCCCAGACUUCACAGUCAACCUAGCUGUCACCCCAUCUGCACAGUAGAUACCUUGUGCAUCCUGACGACUGAGGACAUCACAUUUGCUGGUUCUUUAAUGAAGUUGCCAUUACCUUCCACCUCUUCCAGUCAGCCAUACCCUUGCUGCAGCCCUCAGAUUAUAGGGAAGACCUCACCGCUGGUGGAUCCCAGGGGAUCCUCAAGGACCCCUGAGGUUACUAUAGUCAGGUGGCCUCCAGUUCCCUCUGGGGGCCACAGUUAUGUGGGCAGAGGCUGUUGUCAAAAGCUGGGUGUGCUUUCUGGCAACACACUCACCAUACAGAAAUCCCUAUAUGUAAACCCCAUGUUAAUUUAUUAAAUUUCAGUUGGAAAGGAAGGCAUUGUAUAUGAUAAAAUAUGUGUAGAGUCAGGCUGUCCAGUGUGCAGACUGCAAGGCAGUUGAGGUAGUUGAUUAAGAGACUAGAUGAGGCAUAAAAUACUAUCGGUAUGUGUGCAAUUGCAUAAAUAUUAAAUUAUGUUUUUGAAGUACAUUUUCAUUCCUGGAGCUCAGAUAUCAUUUGCUAUUGCUAUAUACUUUAUAUACCCAAGGACAUCGCCUCAGGGUUGCAAGCUCUUUAAGGAAAUUUUAUGCUUAUAUCCGUGUAUUGUAUAAAGAAUAAAAAUUGAGUUUACUUCA